AUGGGUCGCAAAAAGAAGAAGAUGUCGAAACCGUGGUGCUGGUAUUGCAACCGAGAAUUUGAAGACGAAAAGAUUCUAAUUCAGCACCAAAAGGCUAAGCAUUUUAAAUGUCACAUUUGCCAUAAAAAAUUGUACACGGGUCCAGGUUUGUCAAUUCAUUGUAUGCAAGUGCACAAAGAAGCAAUAGACAAAGUUCCAAAUUCGCUGCCAAACAGAUCUAACAUUGAAAUUGAAAUUUAUGGAAUGGAAGGUAUACCCUCUCCAGAUUUAAAGGAACACGAAAGGUUAAAGCAGGGUGGUGCGGGUUCAGAUGAUGAUGAUGAACCGGCAAUGAAGAAGAGUAAACCUGAAGGUUUGCUCGGAACAGCCCCUGGAUCAUCUAGUGCAUCACCUGGAAUUGUCCCAGGCAUGAUGACUGGAGUUCCACCGGGAAUUCCCAUGAUGGGACACAUGGGUCACAUGGGGCCUCCAUUUGUACCUCAUGGAAUGUCACUAAUUCCACCUCACAUGAUGGCUAGUCCUGCAAAGCCCCUGUUCCCUAGUGCAAUUCCUUCGUCAUCGCCUGGGGGAGCACCUGUUGUUGGGGCGGACUUUAAACCAAUUAGUUCAGCAGCUACGAUUAGCGCUCCUCCCACGACAAAUUCCACGGCUGGAGGCGGUGGUUCGGGAGGCGAGUCGUCUAAAGCGAACACGAUCAUUACCACGGGGGCGGCCAGUAAAAUUAUCCACCCCUCAGAGGACAUAUCGCUUGAAGAGAUUCGUGCGAGAAAGUCCAAGUACCAAAGGAGCAUUCCGAGCAAAGAGAACGAAAUGACCAUGGCGUCAAGCAGUGCAGCUAGUGAGUUGGCCAAUGCCGUUCACCAAGCCCAAGCGGCUGCGGCGGCUGUGAAUCACGCGAAACAGCAGGAGGCGUUGAAUCACGCCGCUAUGAUGCAGCGUUUCCAACGGCCACCCAUGAUGAUACCGGGCACAUCCGUCAGUAUGCCCCUGGUGACCGCCUAUCGACCUGCAAUGAUACCUGGGCCGCCGAUUUACGUGGGCACUAAUCUGAUGCGACCGCCACCGAUCAGCAUGCCACCAGGAUUGAUCGGGGUUCCACCGGGUAUGGUCUAUGGGGCACCGGCAAUGUUUCCGGGUGGACCUGUGUUCACCCCCAUGAUGCAACCCAGAUUCAGAUGAUCACCCGUUUAUCUUCUCUAUCAUCCGCAAGUCUAAAAUUAGCUCUAUAUAUACAUAUAUAUAUUUAUGCAUUAUUAUUAUUAUUAUUGUACAUUAUUAACGAUUGGUUGGUUUUUUGUCCUAGUCGAUUGUUCUUGGUCUUGUAUACCUACGCUGGGCCCAGUUGACGUUACAGUUUAGGAUAGCUUUAAUUUCGAUUACAACGUUGCGACUGAUGGAAUAAUUAAUUGAUUUAAUUGGUUUUUGAAUAGAUAUUUUCUUAAAGUUGAAUUUCCGUGGUGACUUCCACAAUAAAUAUUGUAUAGUUUGAGACUUGCUAGGGUGAUCCUUAAUUAAUUUUUAUAACUCUAUCUGUUGACUGUAAGAAACCUUAAUUUUAAUUUUC